AUGGUGGGAGCAGUAGGCUCUUCACUGAGUACUGAACAGGCUUCCACCAAGAGACACACACAACAGGUAAUGCCUUUUCCAUUCAGUAUGUUGUUUUUCCAAUGUAUUGUUUUACUGCUGUUUUUUGUGUUUAUCAGUUAUCAACUUGUCACAAUAUCUGAGAUGAAUAUGUUGGUUUUGAAUGAUUUAUAAAUGUUUCUUGUCAGGUUAUUGCCACCCGUCACUAUGAUGUGCUUGUUGAAAUCAAUUGGAGUAUCCCUCAUCCUGUCCAUUCUUCUGUACAUGGCAGACUCUUAUCCAAACAGUGACAUGACAAACGGUAAGCUUUGUGUUACAUUACUGUGAAAGUACUGUUUUUGUCAAAAUGACCAGUGAGUUGUUCUUGGAAAAUAUAAAUCGGUAAAUGACCUCCUUAUUGCCAAAGUGUGUUCUUACAAGGAUGAGAGAUACACAUUGGCGGUGCAUGGUGCAUAAAGUUUACAGAUCAGAUUGUUCAUUCAAUUUUCAAUUAAUUUAUGUCUUCACUAUCUUCACAGUGGGCUGUGAGGAAUGCAAACUGAAGGAGAACAAAGUCUUCUCAAACCCUGGUGUCCCUGUCUCCCAGUGUACAGGCUGCUGCUUCUCCAGGGCUUAUCCAACCCCACUACGGUCAAAGAAAACUGUGUUGGUCCCAAAGAACAUCACCUCUGAAGCCACAUGCUGCGUUGCAAAAGAAGGGAAAAGGUUAGGAGUUGGGAUUGAUAUCCUCAGCUACACA